AAACCUAAGAAUAUCCUCAGAGAAGUUGUGCAUCAUUCACUACAUAAGUAGAGCUCUGCCGCCCUCCCGCCCCAUGUUUUGAAGAUUCAUUCCUACAAACAAGUAUACUAUCAUCUAAUAGCACCCGAACCAGACCCGUCAACUAUGCGCACAUCAAUCCUCUUAUUACCCCUCAUCGCCCUCGUGCAAGCCAGCCCAAUUCCCUUCAAGUCCACAUCAACUUCCGCCAUAGACAAGGCGUCGAACCCUAGCCGCCUGCCCAGCUUCGAUAGCAAAUCCGACUUGUUUCACCCACAUGCAAAUCCACCCCGCGAUCUCGUGAAAACUGUCCUUCGAAGGCGAGACGACCCAGUCGUUGAACCAACGGACGGCGAAGUUGUCAUAAUCAUCCUUGAUGAAGCUGAACAAGAUUCAAACACGCCGGACGCUGUCGCAUAGAAAUUCUGCGACAGAGAAACGAUAUCGCGCUGACCUGACUCGACCUAAUUUCGUGCCAUCGCUAAAAACCAAUCCGACGUAGUGAUACCUUUACUAGCUUAGCAAUACUAUACCUCGUCCCUCGCUCUUCAAUCCGCCCCCCUUGUAGCCCUUUGCUUCCUUAAUAGACCUACGCGCCAACCUCGACCUAAUUUCGUGCCAUCGCCAAAAACUAAUCCGACGUAGUGAUACCUUUACUAGCUUAGCAAUACUAUACCUCAUCCCUUGCUCUUCAAUCCGCCUCCCGUGCCUGUAGCCCUUUGAUUCCUUAAUAGACCUACGCGCCAACCUCG